AUGUUUCAACCAAAGUGUGUUGCUAGUACAGCAGCACAAGUAAGUGAGAAGAGUGUGUGCGACGACAAAGUCCAGGAAAGCCCCACGGAAAGAUUUUGGAGGAGUCUUCAAUGGACCGCGGAUGGCACGAGUCUGAUCGCCAGUUUGGCAGACAACUCUAUCCAGACCUUCGUCGUGCCUCCUGAUCUUCUGGAUGAGGACCAACAGCCGCACCAUUUGUCUCCGUACUGCAUCAUCCCGGCCAAGGAAGCGGUUAACGCCAUUGCUGCAUAUCCAUUCUUCGACCUCUCGAAUCCUUCAACGGCUUUGGUCCUAUCAUCUAUGCGAGAUCAUCCCGUUCGUCUGAAUUCCGCCUUCUCAGGACAUUUGGGUGCCUCGUAUCCUCUAAUCAAUCCUAUGACGGAAGUAUACAUUUGCCCACAUUCGCUACAUUUUACUCCUCAGGGUGAUCGCUUCAUUGCUGGCUCGGACUCAUUACUUUCGGUCUAUGAUCUGUCUCGCCCUGGCCAGGAACCAAUCUCGUCUAUACAAACUGGCCCUAAACGUAGGACCAGCGAAUGCAACCCCACUACGAGCAUGCGAGGGAUAGUAUCCGCUCUAGCAGUGGACCCAGCAUCCGGCUUGUUAGCUGCUGGGACAUUUGGACGUCAAAUUGGCCUGUAUGCUGGAAUGGGCCAAGGUGAAUGCGUUGGGGUAUUCUCAACCCGUGGUACAGCAGCUGAUGACCAGAUCAGUGGAAGUGGUAUCACACAAGUAGCUUGGAGUCAAGAUGGAAGAUAUUUGUACAUUGCCGAGAGGAAAAGCGAUGGAGUUGUUAUCUACGACAUUCGCAAGACCGGACAGUUACUGUCAUGGCUUGUUGGUCGGAAUGCUCACACGAACCAGCGAGUCUCAAUUGCAUUGACUCGUAUAAACGACGAAAAUUUGCUUGAAGUUUGGGGCGGAGGAGUGGAUGGAGAUAUGCUGUUUCAGGAACCGCGGUACACAACGGAGGUGCCGUUCUGGCAACAGCUUCUGGCCAGCGUCAUUUUGGUGCAAACCUUGGUCAAGAGGAGCUUGCAGACGAACUGA